AUGCCCCUCGCUGAGAUCAACUGGCCAGACAAGUACACCCCCGGGUUCACCGACAACUAUGUUUCCAACGAGGUAAUCGUCGCCAACCUCUCUGCCGCAGACGUCUGGCCCCUGCUCGCCGACGUGACGAAGUGGGACAGUUAUUACGACAACUGCUCCAACAUCACCCCACCGACCUCGGGCCCCAUUCUGUCCCCAGGCGCCCAGUUCUCCUUUUCGACCUUUGGCUUUCCACCCCUCGCAUCUGUUGCUCACGAGGUCGUUACCCCAUCAAAUGGGACCCCCGGCAGACUCGCAUGGUCAGCUGCGCAAGACGGCAAGCCGGAAGAAAAGCUCGACGUCUAUCACGCGUGGAUCGUUGAAGACUUGCCUGGCGGCCGCGUCAGGAUCUUGACGCAAGAGAGCCAGAUUGGAGAGCCAGCCGCCCAGCUCGCCGGCGAACGCCCCAACCCCAUGCUCAAUGGGCACCAGGCAUGGUUGGACGGCCUUGUCAAGGCGGCCAAGGAGCGGAGGGCCUAG